AUGUGGUACGGGAGCGGAUUGGAAACUGAAUGCUUCAGUAGCCAAAAGGCUACUGAAGUGAUGUGGCAAAAUGGCAUUGGUGAUACCAACUGGCUGUUUCCUCCUCCAAUAAAUGCUCUUCCAAUGGAGAUCCGCCUAGACACCAACAAUCAUAAACCUGCACUAGUCAGAAAUUACGGAUGUGGAUCUGCCUGCAAGUGCGACGCUGGUUGUGGAGGAUGCAAGAUGUAUCCUAAUUUCUUUUUCUCUGGAGAAACCACCACCACUAAAACUAUGAUUGUUAGGGUUGCUCCUCAGAAGGGAUACUUUGAAGGGUCUGAGAUGAAUGAUGGAUCCGAGAAUGGAGGCUGCAAUUGCGGAUCUAACUGCACCUAUGACCCAUGCACCUGCAAAUGAGAAACUCCAACUAUG